AACACACACACACAUAAGCAUGCACACACACACACACACACACACACACACACACACACACAUCCUGUAGCUCCUCCCCCUCUGAGCUGCUGCAGUCAUGAAGAUUUUUCUUCAGUUUUUCACAUCGGCUGCUGAACGGAUCCAGAUCAGACCUGGUUCUCCUGGUUCUGGUUCUGCUGGUUCUCCUGGACUGUCUGUGUUUUCCUGCUGUGUGGGAGAGGGACCAUGAGAAGAGGAAGAGACCAGAGUCCGACCUGAGGAGGAGAAAACACGGAACAGGAUGUCCAGUAACUGGUCCAUCCUACGGCUGUCCUCAUUGGCCCAGCCCACUAGCUUUGUAGCCCCGCCCCCUCCCAACACCUCCCAUUCCCCACCUCUUGCUGACUGGGAAACUCCCAGCUUCACUCGGGCGGCUCAGUUCCGGGUCGGCGCCACCUGCAUCCUCUUCCUGUUUGCUGCCUGCAGUAACCUUGCCCUAUUGGCCAGCGUGUGGAGGGGGCGUGGCCGGCGGCUGGCGUCUCACCUACGGCCUCUGAUGCUGAGCCUGGUGUCAGCCGACUUGAUGAUGACAUUUGUGGUGAUGCCUUUGGACGCGGCGUGGAACAUGACGGUGCAGUGGUACGGUGGCGACGCUCUCUGUAAGCUGCUCUGCUUCCUGAAGCUGUUCGCCAUGCAUGCCUCCGCCUUCAUCCUCGUCGUCAUCAGCCUCGACCGGCAGCACGCCAUCCUGCACCCACUGGAUGCUCUGAGGGCGCACAGCAGGAACCGACGCAUGUUACUCUUUGCCUGGAGCCUCAGCCUGCUGCUAGCAUCGCCACAGGUAGGAGGACAGCUCUUCAUCUUCAGGACCAUCAGCAUGGACGCUGUGGACUCUGUGGACUCUGUGGACUCUGUGGACUUCACUCAGUGUGCGUCUCACGGCAGCUUCAGACAUCGAUGGCAGGAAACUGUUUACAACAUGUUUCACUUCAUCACUCUCUACGUGGUCCCUCUGCUGGUGAUGAGCUGCUGCUACACCCGCAUCCUGCUGCACAUCCACCAGCAGCACCUGAGCGACACAGCAGGUGAGUCCCACCUGCGUCGUAGUGGCACCGACAUCAUCCCGAAGGCUCGGAUGAAGACGCUGAAGAUGACGGUGGUGAUCGUGCUGUCCUUCGUGGUGUGCUGGACUCCCUACUACCUGCUGGGGGUCUGGUACUGGUUCCAGCCCGACAUGCUGCGGAUCAUACCUGAGUAUGUCCACCACGCCCUCUUUGUGUUCGGGAACCUGAACACCUGCUGCGACCCCGUCAUCUACGGCUUCUACACGCCGUCCUUCAGAGCAGACCUCGCCGCCGCCUGUCGCUGGACCAGGAGCAGCGCCGAUGAUUCACCACAAUCCCUCGACCGCAUGUCCACCAGACACGGUCCUCAGAGCGAGGAGCGGCCGGCCGAGGACGACUGAUUUAAUCAGAGAAUAAAGUCUAGCAACAGAGUCCUGCUUCCGGUCUUUGUGUGUUUACAGUUUUAUCGCAUGACCUCUGAGUACUGAUGCCGUCGUUGAUGAAGAUAAUGACGAAAAAAUAUGUCACUGGCCCUUUGUUUUUACCUCAGUUAGCGUUAAGUGUCAAAGCUAGACAGCUGCUACCAGCCCUGUGGCUACAGAUGAGAAGGAAGUUAGCCCUUAUAUUGUGUUAGGGCCAAAUUUGACCCGUUUGUAAGUUAAAAAGUGUAAAAAGUAAAUUUUCUUUGUUUUUAUGGGGACAAGAACAGAGGUUUUCCCACAGAAGACGUAAGGAGUGUAAAUAGAAGGCUUAUUGACCCUAACCCUUCAUCCAUAAGUUAUAACUUUGGCUGUCAAAAUCAAUCAACAUGGAUUAAUCCAUCACGAUUAAUCUGAUUAUAAAUUUUAACCCAAUGAAACAUUUGCGGCAGAACAACCUGAGCAUGGACCCUCUGCUGAUCUGAGUCAUUUCUACUUGUUAUAAUAAUAAUAAUAAUAACUCCACUCAAACACUAGGUCGCGCUGUGUCUUUUCACCAGUUGGGUUUACUUUUGUUUCCACUUCCUGCUUCACUUUCAACAAUGGAGUCUGAAAUUUUGUCUGAAUUUCACCGAUAAUUCGGCCAUAGCUAACCGUUAAACCGACCAAAGCUGAUUAAGUUUAGAUGAAAUGUAAGAUUUACAAGGACCUAUAGAGGACAGGUGGUUGGGUAAAGUGAAAACAAGAGUUUCACUGCUUGUACAGAAAAUGUUUUUGUGAUUUUAACAAAGCUAGAACAGUGCAAGCAGACACACAGCAGCAGCACAGAACCAUUCCCAAAGACACUUAAAACAGUAGAUCACACCCCCCAUUUCUGCAUGCGUCAUCCACAGCCAUUUCUUGCCUGUAUUUAUUAUUAUUAUUAUUAUUAUUGGUCCCAAUAUGUCAGGUAGGAACCAUGCACAGGUUGCACAGGUGGCAAAGGGGAACUAAUAAAGUGAUGGUUGCUCUGGUAA